AAGUGUACCCUGAGGAAUAAUAAAUAGCAUGCCUGAUCCUUUCUGAAGUCUCGCUAAGUUGUUCUGGCUAUAAAACGCUACGCGUUUAACGUUGUUCUGGCUAUGCAAGUGUUCUAAAUGACCGUAGUUUAUAUUCUAUAAUCCCAAAGGGUCGGAGUAUACCAAAUUUCAUACAAAUUUGGUCGUCAAUUUUACUAGCACUCCCUUGUAUAAUAAAUAAUAUAAUAACUAUUUAUAUUUGCAAAAUUCCAAACGUAUAUCAGUAUUUUAACUUACGUUCAGAGCGAUCAUAUGUAGAGCACGAGGAUGGCUUUGUUAAACGUUUGAAGUAGGAGGUCAAGGUCGCGAGCAUUGAAGCGAGCGAGUCACGUGAACCGAGAAAAACGUGUGAAACGUGUCAAACGAAUUCAAAACGUGAUAAUGUCCGAUAUAAAAAGCGUUUUAACUUUAUUAUGUCAGCAUAUAAAUCUGUCUAUCAACGUGUCGAUAAAACCUGAACAUUUUAGGCUAGCGAAAUUUAACACCGCGUCCGAAAAUGUCAGUGACGAAUUCUGGAAAGUGUUGAACAUAUUAAGUUAUCAUGCCGUGAAAGAGAAACAAAUGGAUAUCGGCGUUCUACGUUGCGACGUCGUCGGGGCUACCAAAUUGUACUUCGCAUAUUUAAAUUAUUCCGCGAUAGAGUUUUACGCCUCGGGCCAACAUAGUAAAAAUAAUAGACCGUUAUUAUUAGCAUUUGCAUGGAUUCUUGGAACGCAGAACGUUCUGAAUAUUAUUACUCGAAUCAAUUUGACGAAGAGUCAAUUAGGAAGGGAAUGUUCAUAUAGUUUGAAUAAAUUACAAAAGAAGGGAACCAAGUAUAGUAUACCGUUAUCAUUAACUGCACAGAUAAAUCAUGCACUGUAUUUGAACGGCAAAGUGAAUUACAACAUAAAAGAGAUAUCUGAACUUGUAUCUGAGAAAAUAAAAUUAACGGCCAAAGCUCAUGCUGCAACUAUUAACGUCAGUGGUCUUCCACAUUUAAGCGUAUCAGAAGCAGCGCUAGUGAAACAUAUUUCAGCCACGAACACGCUUUCCGUUCAAGAUAAAAAGCAUAUAAAAGAAUUACAUGCUAUCGCUAAUUUAUUAGAUAUUCACAUGAAAUGGUCGAAGAAGGAACAUGUCUUCUUUGAAUGGAUGGUAACAGUAGUCGAAGAACACAAUAAGUCUUUGGAUUCCAGUUUGCAAGAUAUCGACUGGAACGAGGUUUCAAAGUUUGUUUCUCUACUGAAACGCGUUACGCAAGAGAGAUUUGAAUCCUUGACGAAAACGGAUUCGGGGAAUUCACAGAAUUACAAACCUCAGUGUGUUUCCCGUUUGCUCAGAUUUAAAGGCGAUGGCACGGAAGUGGAAAACUGGUUGACAGAACUUACUACUGAAUUGAACAAAGAAACAGGGAAUUUAAUUGAAAGAAAGGAGAAACUGUCGAAGAAAUUGCAAGAAGUUCUAAAGUCGAUCCCCUCUUGCGUGCAAGUUUAACUUACAAAUAUA